CUGCCUGAUCUCUGUUCAGAGGAGAUGGAAAAGGGAAAUCACUCAGAGGUGACUGAGUUCAUUCUCUCAGGAUUGACAGAUCGUCCGGACCUGCAGGUCCCCUUGUUUGGGGUGUUCCUACUGAUUUAUGGCAUCACCCUGCUGGGGAACGGGGGGAUGAUUUUGUUAAUCACAAUGGAUCCCCGACUCCACACCCCCAUGUACUUGUUCCUUAGUAAUUUGUCUUUCUGUGACCUCUGCUUUUCCUUGAUAAUUUCCCCUAAGAUGUUGCUGAAUUUCUUAACCGAGAGGAAAAGCAUUUCUUUCACUGCCUGUGCUGUGCAACUGUUUCUCUGUAUCAUUUUUGCAGAUGUUCAGUGCCUUUUGCUGGCUGUGAUGGCGUAUGACCGUUAUGUGGCCAUCUGUAACCCGCUGCUCUAUACGGUCACUAUGUCCAGGCAGCUUUGUAAAGAGCUGGUGGCUGGGGUGUACGCUGUGGGGGUGGUGGAUUCAAUGAUACACACAUGUUUUACAUUUCGGCAGUCAUUCUGCAGUUCUAACAUCAUCAAUCAUUUCUUCUGUGACAUCCCCCCGCUGCUCGCACUCUCCUGUUCUGACACCCGCAUCAAUGAGAUUAUGACAUUUGCUUUCAUGAGCUGCAUUGUAGUGAGUAGCUUUGUGACUGUCCUCCUCUCCUAUUUCUAUAUCAUCUCCACCAUCCUUCAGAUCAGUUCUUCCAAGAGCCGGCGCAAAACCUUCUCCACCUGCUCGUUCCACUUGACUGCUGUGGUCCUGUUUUAUGGCACUCAAGUCUUCAUGUAUUUACGUCCCCCCUCCAGCUAUCCCAUGGACAGAGACAGAGUGGCCUCAGUGUUUUACACGCUGGUGAUCCCCAUGUUGAACCCACUCAUCUACAGCCUGAGGAACACGGAGGUGAAGGACGCCCUGAGGAGAGCAAUGAAUAAACUCCUAACCAUUCUUGAAUCUGUUUAA